CACUUAAAUUAUAGCUCUUUUACCAUAUCAUCACAUGUUGCUCAUCUUGUAAUAUUUAAGAUUGUGUACUUUCAAUGUUAUGGUUAUCUGCACUAACCCCUCUCUCUCCUUUUUUAUAUAUACACAAUGUGGAUUCUCGUUGAUUAUAACACUUGACCUAAUUCCUAUUUCUUGUGGUUGAUGAAUAUAAUAUUUUGAAAAUAAAAAAUUCUACCCUUGUUUUUGAACCGCAUAGGCAGCUGUCCCAGUUUAAUUUUUUCUGCAUUCAUAGUCUCUGCCAUUUGGGCAUUAUCCGGGUACUAAUGCCCAGAAGAUAAAUUUCUGAGUUUAUCUCCAAAAUUGUGAUUUCAGAAGAAGCAUUGCUUUUCAAGAGAAAAAAGAAAGCAAAAAUGGUGACUUCAGCACUUGCUUGGGCUUCAAGGUGUCAAUAUGUCACUUUACUGGUUAUAGUGGGUUUUGUAAUGCGAAUGUCAACAUGCAGCUCAGAGAAGAAGCCCAUCUGGGCCAGUAUUCCAUUGGGUUCCAAGCUGUCUGCUUCAGAGGAGGUCUACUGGUUGUCCCAAAAUGGCACCUUUGCAAUGGGGUUUUUCUCAAUAGAACAUAAUGGGAUUUACAGUGUGGGAAUAUGGUACAAUUCUAUUCCCAAGCAGGCACAGGCAGUGGUCUGGACGGCAGGGGAUGAUGUCAGAGUGAGCUCCAAUUCCACUUUUGAGCUCGGUGCUGAUGGAAAUUUCAUUCUGUUUGAUCACUUGGUUGGGACACCCGCUUGGACUAGCAAUACCAGCAAUAUAGGUGUUGUGGGUGCUUGUUUCCAUGACAAUGGCAACUUUGUUCUGACUGACAAUGAAGACAGGAUAGUGUGGGGAAGCUUCCACUCACCCACAGAUACUCUGCUUCCAGGACAGACGCUUGCAAUGGGUCAAACUCUCAGAGCUUCUUCUAAAACAUCCAUUGCAAGUCACUAUGCUCUAGAGUUGGACGAGUUUGGCAAUCUGGUGCUUAAAUGGUCUGCAGAUGUGGUAUAUUGGGAAAGUAGAACAGGUUCAUCUGCAGACUUUCUUGCUUCAAAAUCUUCUGUACCCACUGGAGCGAGUUUUUUAGGAAAUGGAAUCUUGGGGCUGUUUAAUGAAGAGAGAAGCAUGGUUUGGUCUAGAUAUAGUGGAGAUUUCACAGACCCAUCUGUGGUUCUGAGGCAUUUGAGACUAGAUAGUGAUGGGAACCUUAGAAUGUAUUCCUGGAUUGAAGCAACAAAGAUGUGGGCCGUAGGGUGGCAAGCUGUGGAGAAUCAGUGUGGUGUAUUUAAUACAUGUGGAUUGUACGGUGUCUGUAGCUUUAAUUCCACAGGGCCCAUCUGUCAAUGCCCUUUUGAGAAAGGGAGCAAUUCAGAACAGAUUUUGGAGGGGGGUGUUAGCAGAGCUUGCAGGAAAAAGAUGAAGCUGGGAGACUGCAGUACAGGGACUAGCAUAUUGGUUUUGAAAAAAACAGUUUUAUAUGGAAUUUAUCCUCCUCAAGAUGUCUACAAUUAUUCCAGCGUGCAGAGUUGCAGAGAUAACUGCUUGAAGGAUAGUUCAUGUGUUGCUGCAACAGCCAUCAAUGAUGGGUCUGGCAUCUGCAGGAUUAAAAGGACUGAUUACAUCAGUGGAUAUAGUUAUGAAUCUGUUCCUGCAAUUUCAUUUCUUAAGGUAUGUCUUACGCCAGAAGCAGUGUCUGAUCAUGCUAUUCAUUUGCAUCCUAAUCGACCGAGUCCAAAUUCGUUAACAACAUUUCAAUCUCCUUCACCUAAUGCAUCUAGCUCAAGAACCCCUGGUCUUUUUGGCUCCUGCAUUGGGGUAGCAAUCAUCGCAACUUUUGGUGCAUUUCUAGCCAUACAAAUAGGAGUUGGUUGGUACAUAUUUACAAGGAAAGGAAUAAGAAGAACGCAGACUAUUCCUUCCACUAAGCACCAACUAAUGGAUCCAUGUUCUAGAUCUCUAGUCAGGUUGACAUUUGUAGAAAUAGGAGAAUUGACUGGGAAAUUUAGUCACCAACUAGGUCCAACUGUUUUCAAGGGAAUUCUGCCCAACAGUAAUCCUGUGAUAAUCAAACAGCUAAGCGUUCAAAUUACAGAGAAGGAAUUUAGGAUGAUCUUGUGCAGUUUAGGGAUUACCAGGCAUAGAAACUUGGUCUGUUUGCAGGGCUUUUGUUGUGAGGCUCAACAUAGAAUUAUAGUUUAUGAGUAUGUGAACAACGGGUCUCUUGAUCAGUGGCUAUUUGGUUGCACAAACAAGGCUAGGGAACUGAAUUGGCAGAGAAGGUUCCACAUAGUUAUAGGGAUUGCACGAGCCAUUGCUUAUUUGCAUUCGGAAUGUCGUGAUUGUAUUUCACACUCCAAUCUGAAGCUGGAGAAUGUCAUGUUGGAUGAUAAAUUUAUACCCAAGCUGACAGAUUUUGGCCUUAGCAGGCUAUCUCAGGCAACUUCUAGUGAAACUGAAAGCACUUCUUGCUCGGAAUCUUCCCCCGAACAAGAUGUUUUCAGGUUUGGGUUGAUGCUGUUGCAGAUAAUCAGUGGCAAGAGAGAUCCUAACUGUGAUUGUCCAGAAAAUAAGGGGAUUCGUGAAUGGGCAUUUCAAGAAUAUCAGAACGGUCGCCUGGAUGGCAUUGUUGAUGACAGGAUGGAAGGUAACUUGGACUGGGAUCAAGUUGAAAGGGCCCUUAGGAUAGCAUUUUGGUGUAUGCAGGAUAGAUCAUGCUUAAGGCCUUGCAUAAGGGAGGUGGCAGCCGUUUUGGAGGGAACCUGUCCAGUUGACCCACCUCCCAUUCCGCACACCAAUGGACAAGAAAUUUAUGCAGGAGGCGCAAGCAAGCUGAAGGAAAGGAUAGCAGAGGAGAAGAUAAAAGAGGUGAAAGAGGAGAUCAAAGAGGAGACAAAUGAGGAGGUUAUGGUUUGAGAAAAACAGGGCAACUUGCAGCUGGCCACCAGUUCCCAUGGCAACAAGGCAAAGUAACUCUAUAAACACAACCCAAUUUUUUUUCAAUGCAAUUUAUGAGAAUAUUGAAAAAUCUAUAAGAUGCCUAAAAGGGAAUGAGCAUCGAUGCCACAAGGAUCUCAAUCUUAAGUGCAUAUCCAAUAGAGAAGGGAUCACACCUUUACAAUGACCCAUUUUGCAAAAUCAAGAGCAAUUUGAGUGUUUGCAUAACACACAAACUGUAGGCAGAUAAUGAAUUCCUAGGUUUGUCCAAUAUCACAAGACCAUAUCAAACAACCGAUUUUGAUCACAAAUGAACAACAGGAAUAGAGAGUUAGACUAGUAAAGACAUCUGGAAAAGGCAGACUAUCUGUUUGAAGAUUUAAAGAUUCACAAUGCUCCUUUAGGCACAAUAUGAGCUUUGCUUUGAUGUCUAUCCUGUAAUGCAUUCCAUGCAAUGCAAAGUAUACAUCCGCCCUGUAUUCUCUGAUUUAACAUUAAAAAAAAAGCAGAUCCACUGCUCAGUGUGCAUACAAACACAUCAUGGCCACCUUUACAUUAUUCAGCUUUCUGUACUAGGGUUGGGUAUAUUGUCUUUCACAAAUCCUAAAAUAAAGGAUUGAGAAUUGUAAAUAUGGGCUUGAAUCCUCUUGGGAUGUUUUAUCUUUUGUAUCUUUCUCAAAUCUACAAAAGAUAAAACUUCAAUUAUUAUUAAUGUGAUGGGCUAUGGAAUGUUUUCUUGCAA